CACACCAGGGAAUAGGGGGGCAGCAGGAAGACCAGACGCAGGUAGACUUCCUGAGCCUCGCACAGCUGUUGUCAACUCACUCAAAGUGGAUCAGAUGCACUGGUAUCAGCUCUCUCUCCCCGUCCAAAGCGCAGAUGUGGAGGUGGUGAGUUGACUCCUGAGGCUGCAGUGGAGGACCCUGUCAGGCCAAGAUGACUCAGUCUGUGCAGGUCAACUCAAAGCUGCCUGAUCUGGGUGCACCUUUUCUGUAUGGGUCCCAGGAGGAGAGUGACCAGGCCGGCUCCUACUCCGUCCAGACGCCGUAUGGCUUCCAGCUGGACUUGGACUUCCUCAAGUAUGUGGAGGAGAUCGAGAGCGGCCACAGCUUUCGGCGGACGCCCGUGAGUGGCCGGCGCGGAGGGCCGCGCGCCGGGAAGCUCUCCCAGCGCAGCCCCGGGGUCGGGGGUCGCGCCAGCGGCUGGACGUCCACCGAGUCGCUGUCGUCCUCGGCCAGCGACGACUGCAGCGGCCGCGUGCCGCCGCCCCCUCCGCCGCGCAACCGCAUCGGCUCGGCGCCGGCCGAGUCCUUGUCGCACGUCCUCUCGCCCGUGUCGCUCCUCUGCCCGCCGCUGUCGGCCGGCGCCAAGGUGCCCCCUCCGCCCCCCACCCGCAACCCCCGCGUGGAGCGCACCCUCCUGGAGACCAGCCUGCGGCUGCAGCAGGAGCAGAGCCAGCUCCACAACGGCGCCAGGGUCCUCCAGCUGGCCGACCCCCCGAAGGGGACCCCGAGAGAGGCAGGCUGGGCCGGCUCGUCCAGCUCCCUGGGCUCCCAGACGGCCACGCCGACUGUACCCCCUCCGGCCUCGUCGGCCCCGUCAUCGGACGGCGGCGGCGUCCAGCAGAACCCCUUCUCCUCGGCCUCGCCGAGCCCGUGCCCCAGCGGCUGGCCGCGCGCCAGCCCUCACACCUCCGGCCGCAGCACCCCGGCCUCCGCGGCGGCCUCGUCCUCGGGCCCCGUGCCCCCCCUCCAGCUGCAGACGGUGCGCGAGCAGAUGGCGGCGGCCCUGCGGCAGCUCAAGGAGAUGGAGGAGCGGGUGAAGGGGGUGCCCGCGCUGGAGCGCGAGGUGGCCAAGCUGCGCGCCGAGAAGGACCAGCUGCUGCAGGCGCUCCGGAAGAAGAGCGAGGCCCCGGUCACUACCACCACAGCAGCGGCCGCCGUGCAGACCGCUCCCGCCGAGGCCUCUUCCGCCACAGCCGCCGCGCCGGACCAAGGACUCCCGCCGCUCUCGCCGACCCACGGCCGGCCCUCCAAGGUGUCCGAGCUCCGCAAAGCCAUCGAGAAGGCCAGCAAGGAGGAGGCGGGCCGGCAGCCGACGCCGGAGAAAACAGCGUCCGUUCCCGUUCCCGUGCCCGUGCAGACGGUGUCGGUGGCCGUGGGCAGUGACGUGCCCCUGAGCGAGGGCGUGUUUUAUUACAGACAGGCCGUGAAAGACGUGGCGGUGGACGCCAGGUGCGAGGUCACCGACAAGGGCGUGGGAACACCGCCACUGAGCGCCACGCGCGACGAAGGGGUCCAAGCGUCGCCGGCCACCGAGGAGGCGUCGGUGUGGGUGAUGGAGUCCCUGCUGGGGCUGAGCAGCGAGGCGGAGCGCGAGAUGGACACCCUGCAGGACACGGUCAAGCUCCAGCAGGAGUCGCUGCGCGUGCUGGAGGAGCGGCUGAGCCUGGCCGACCGGGAGCUGGAGGCGUUGCGCGCCGGCGAACGCGAGCGCCUCUCGCGGGUCACGCUGGAGCGCGGCGUCCAGGCACGGCCGCAGACCGCCCACGCCGGCACCGACGCGCCGCCCGCCGAGCCCCCGAAGACGCUGCUCAGCGUCGGGGUGAGCUGCCGCCCGGAGGUGGCCGAGGCAGGCGUGGGGGGGGAGGGACCCCCCGCGCACACUCACCAGAGCGUUCAGACUGAGGAGGAGGUGAAGGUGGAGGAGGAGGAGGUGGUAGAGGUUAAGGAGGUGAAGGAGGAGGUGGCUAAGGCGGAGAUGGUGAGCACUGGAUGCCAGUGGGAGAGUCCGAGUCCAGAGGAGGGCGAGGAGAAGCGGAAGGAGGAGCCCCAAAAGAGGAGACAGGUGGCCAUCGCCGAGGGCCUGGGCGUCAGCGAGGCAGAGAGGAGAGUGGCCGAGGAAGUGGACGCUGUGCCGGCCGCUCCCAGCCCUGUGGGCACUCUCAAAUCUAUCAUGAAGAGGAAGGAUGGGAGUAGCUCGAGCGAGACCCGCAGCACGGGGAAGAAGAGCCUGCAGUUUGUGGGCAUUCUGAACGGAGGAUAUGAGUCAACGUCAAGUGAGGAGGAUGAGGAAGACGAGGAUGAUGAGGACGGGAGUUCGUCCGACGGGAGCGGAGCGGAGGAUUGCUCGAGCAGCGGGGAAGAGGAGGCCGCACUUCAGGAGACCUCGGACGAGGAGAGGAACAUCAACCUGGACGAGAGCGACAGCGACGAGGGGCCGACCGGCUCGGGGGGACAGCAGGAGACGGUCAAGGAGAAGUUUGAACUGACUAUGAAGAUGCGAGAAGCUUGUCUCAUUCUGAAGAAUCACCUCAACGAUGAUGCUAAAGCUAUGAAAAGCAAAGAAGUGCUGUCCAGCACUCACACAGUGCAGCUGGAGUGGUUCCGAGUGUCCAGUGCGAAGACGGCGCAGCCCACGCGGGUCUCCAACUACCUCAUGGCCUUCUCUGAGGUGUCCCCCGUGCUGCUGGAGCACGUGGUCAACAUGACGGACGGCAACGGCAACACGGCCCUGCACUACAGCGUGUCACACUCCAACUUCAGUGUGGUGGGCCUGUUGCUGGACACAGGUGUUUGCUGUGUGGAUCAGCAGAACAAAGCGGGCUACACCGCCAUCAUGUUGGCCGCGCUGUCUGCCGUAAAGGAGGAGGACGACAUGGAGGUGGUGAAGAAGCUCUUCAGCCAGGGCAACGUCAAUGCCAAAGCCAGCCAGGCUGGUCAGACUGCGCUGAUGCUGGCGGUCAGCCACGGGCGGCAGGAGAUGGUGCGUGCACUGCUGGAGUGUGGCGCCAGUGUGAACGUGCAGGACGACGAGGGAUCCACCGCCCUCAUGUGCGCCAGUGAACAUGGCCGGGCCGAGAUCGUCGCUCUGCUUCUGGACCAGACGGACUGUGACAUUUCUGUGGUGGAUAACGAUGGCAGCAACGCGCUCUCCAUCGCCCUGGAGGCAUCCCAUAAUGACAUAGCAGUGCUACUCUACGCCCACAUGAACUACUCCAAGACCCAAGCAGCUGGGGUGAACAAAGCCAACAACAGAAGCCCAACUAGUCCACAGAAACCCUGGCCUGCAGAAUAAUGGCCUGUGAUGCUGAAGACGGAAGAGAACUGGACUCUGGCUUGUUUAGUACAGGCCUGCUCGACUGGAAAACUGUCACUGUCUAUAAAAUACAUAUAAAUAUAUAUAUAUAUUUAUACUAUGAUGUGUAUCUAUGCACUACAACCUAAACAGAAUAUCAGCUAUAAACUGUUGUAAGAGUAUUCACUACUAACCACGCUGAUACUAAAGUCAUUCUCUUGUCCGUUGUGGUCAAUCUGGUCACACUCGGAUUUGCGUUUUGUUCUUGUUACACUCCUGAAUUUUUCAUACCAAAAAGAAAAGUAAUGCAACUGCACUAACUUCUUAUGCAAUAUAUGGCAUUGUCUUUAUUUUAUGUAAAAAUAAACAUUUAUUUACGUAUGAAAAUUGUAA